CCGUCCAUCGUGUGUGGAAGCUCCCGGCAUCAGCUUUCUCUCGUUCGGCGAAGGUACCCUCACGGCGGAUCACCACCACCACCAUCGUCACCGAUCCCUUCCGCACCGCGCACACACACACACAAACAGUCAAGAUGUUUGCACGAUUAAGAAUACCGCGCGUCGGCGCGACCAUUGCCGCCGCCGCCUCCGCCCCGGCGAGGACGACGACCAUGCAGAUGCAGCAGCGCUCGCUGCACUACAUGCCCCAGCUCGCCCACGACUUCAGGCAGGGCGUCCCGGGCCUGCUUUCGGCGGAUGGCUACGACAUGGCCUGGAACCAGUACAUGACCGUCAUCCUUGACAAGCUUAACGCCCUGAUUGCAGGCACCGACUUCGAGCAGCGCGACGUCAAGCAGAUCCUCCUGGCCACAGCCCAAGACCCCUCGCAAGCCCCCAUCUUCAACCACGCCUCCAUGGCGCACAACACGCACUUCUUCUUCAAGAACAUCACCCCGAACCCGAAACCCAUGCCCGAAUCUCUCGCCUCCGAGCUGUCCCACUCCUUCUCCUCGAUCGAGACGCUCCGCCGCGAGAUGAUCCUCACGGCCUCGGCCAUGUUUGGCCCCGGCUUCGUCUGGCUUGUCAAGGCCGGCCACCAGGACUACCGCGUCCUGACGACCUACCUCGCCGGCAGCCCCUACCCCGGCGCCCACUGGCGCCUGCAGGGCACCGACAUGAACACAGUCGGCGCCGGCGGCUCCGCGAGCCCCUACUUCCAGCGCAGCGCCGCCGCCCAGCGGCCCGGCCAGAAGCCCCCCGGCGCCCUCGACGCCAUCCCGCUGCUGUGCCUCAACACCUGGGAGCACACGUGGCUGCGCGACUACGGCCUCGGCGUCGGCGGCGUCGGCGGCAAGAAGGCCUUCGCCGAGGCGUGGUGGGAGGUCAUUGACUGGCAUGCGGUCCACACCGCGGCGGACAUCCCUGCCCGGCCAAACUUCAUGCGGUAAAGGGCGGGGGCGGGGAGGUUGACCGGUUAGAAAUGGGGAAGACAGCGUCAGACGCGGUGCGGAAAAAGAGAAAGACGGCGGUAAAGUUGGAAGAAGCGUUACGACCGGAUCUCCAAAAUGCGCCAAGGGGGGGUGGGGGAUUAGGCAUAGCGGGCGACGAGGGAGUUCCCCGUAA